AAGAGAUCCCCCAAGAAAAUAAUAUCCGAUACCCGGCACAACCGUAGCCCUGCACUUUAGCAACACAUCCGAACCGAUGGAUGCUUGGGUCAAAGUGAGAGCAGUGAUGAAGGCGUGAGGGACAGAAAACAGAUCUGCGCACAUUUGGGUCACAGACUGGAGCGACGGUGGGAAACACCAAUCACGUGAAUAACAAACACCCAUGCCAUUGGAUAGAGUCGCACUGGUUUGUUGGCUUUGAAUCCACAAAAUGCAGAAAGCAACAUAUUACGAUAACUCUGGACUUUUUGGAGGCUACACCUACCCCAAACCAGACUCUUACAACUACGGACCCGCACAUCAUUCCUACCCUACUCCUAACAUUGAGAAUGACUACCAGGGCUCUGUGUGUCCCAUCCAGACCUCUGCUGUCCGGCCCCCAACUCUCAAGGACAGUGACCUGAAUGGAGACUGCAUGCGGCAAAGCAGCAGCCAAAGCAACAGCAGCAGCAGCCAGGCCACGAGCAUUGUGGAGCAGCAGGCACCUCCACUGUCUGCAUCAUCUCCCGGCUCCAACAGCUCUACAUCACAGAAGAAGAAAUCUCCAUCCGGCAGCGCGUCAAACGCCGCAACACCAGCUCUCACAAAGCAGAUAUUCCCCUGGAUGAAAGAGACCCGGCAAAACUCGAAGCAGAAGAGCAACAACUGCACCACCGCAGGUGGCGAGGUGAGUGAUGAGAAGAGUCCACCGGGUCCAGCCUCCAAACGGGUCAGAACUGCUUACACCAGCGCACAGCUUGUGGAGCUGGAGAAGGAGUUUCACUUUAACCGCUAUCUGUGUCGCCCUCGGAGAGUGGAAAUGGCAAAUCUGUUGAAUCUCACCGAGCGCCAAAUAAAGAUCUGGUUUCAAAACAGGAGGAUGAAAUACAAAAAGGACCAGAAGUCUAAAGGGCUGGCGCACUCUCCCCUGGGACACUCUCCGGAUAGAAGCCCGCCGCUGAGUGGCCCAAAUCACAUUGGAUACUCUGGCCAGCUCCAAAACGUGAACAGCUUCAGCUAUGACGCGCCCUCGCCCCCAUCCCUCGCCAAACCCCAGCAAAACAUGUACGGUUUGGCCGCGUACACGGCGCCCUUGGGUGGCUGCAUCCCACAACAGAAGAGGUAUCCGGGUUCCGAGUACGAACACCACGGCAUGCAGAGCAACGGCAGCUUUGCCAACGCCAAUUUGCAAGGCAGCCCCGUUUAUGUGGGUGGGAAUUUUGUUGAUUCCAUGCCAGCCUCGGGCCCCAUGUUCAACCUCGGCCAUCUUCCCCACCCAUCAUCCACCAGUGUGGACUACAGCUGUGCCGCUCAGAUCCCAGGAAACCACCAUCAUGGACCCUGUGAUCCCCAUCCCACAUACACAGACCUCACGUCUCAUCAAGCGUCUCAGGGAAGGAUUCAGGAAGCGCCUAAACUCACGCAUUUGUAAUGUGUUUUUUGUGCGUGUGUGUGCGCGCGCGAGUGUGUGUGUGCGCCGAAAUUAUGUUGCGCUCUUUUUAUUACCUCACUAGUCUAAUAAGUACAC